GAAGGAGGCGGCAUCUCGGCGGAGGUCCGGCGGCGGCUGCCUGCGGUGGUAGGACUGGGUCCCGGGUUCGAGCCGGAGUCCCCGGGAAAGGGUGAGUGUGGAGGAGGCCACGGAAAGGCUGUGCAAGAGGCAGCUGGAGGCCGUCUGGAAGGAUGCGGCCGGCGGGCGGUGCGGGCCUGGCCACGCUCUGCAGGAGGUGGAUGGAAGCGGCCGCCGCCUCGGGACUGGUCCAUGCCCGCCUAUACCAAGGUCUGUGCUGAACAUAGGAACAUGCGGAAUUGUGUUGAAACGGCACGGCCAUCUUUUGAUGGCAGCGGUCUCAGCAUCUUCGUUCUCCAGAUGGGGAAACUGAGGCCCGGAGUAGCUAAGUGACUACCUGAGGUGACACAGGGAGCUCCCGGAUUCACCCCCCAGCCAAGCCAGCUGUCAGGAGCAUGCCUCGGCGCCAUGGGGGGGCCACCGCCAGGGCCAGCAAGCCGGAUGGGGGCGAAGCUCAGCUCACGGCCAUCACGGGAGGCCUGAAGGUGUUCCUGCACUGGGCAGGCCCUGGCAGCAGGGAGCCCUGGGUCACUUUCAGCGAGGCCACCCUGACCGCAGAGGAGGUCUGCAUUCACAUCGCACAAAAAAUCGGCAUCACUCCACCCUGUUUCAAUCUCUUUGCCCUCUUUGAUGCCCAGGCCCAGGUCUGGCUGCCCCCAAACCACAUUCUCGAGGUCUCCAGAGACACAAACUUGACGCUGCACUUCCGCAUGAGGUUUUACUUCCGGAACUGGCAUGGCACAAACCCUCAGGAGCCAGCUGUGUAUCGCUGCAGGCCCCCAGGGGCCGAGGCCUCGUCAGAACAGGCAGAGCAGGGGAUACAGCUCCUGGACCCCGCCUCCUUUGAGUACCUCUUUGAGCAGGGCAAGCAUGAGUUUGUGAAUGAUGUGGCAUCGCUGUGGGAGCUGUCGAGUGAGGAGGAGAUCCGCCACUUUAAGAACGAGAGCCUGGGCAUGGCCUUUCUGCACCUCUGUCACCUUGCUCUCUGCCGCGGUGUUCCCCUGGAGAAGGUGGCCAAGAAGACCAGCUUCAAGGACUGUAUCCCGCGCUCUCUCCGGCAGCAGAUCCGGCAGUACAACGCGUUCACCCAGCUCCGCCUGCGGAUCAUCUUCCGCAGGUUCCUGCACGCCUUCCAGCCGGGCAGCCUUUCCCAGCAGGUCGUCAUGGUCAAGUACCUGGCCACCCUGGAGCGGCUGGCGCCCCGCUUCGGUGCGGAGCGUGUGCCUGUGCGCCGCCUCGAGCUGCUGGCCCAGGCCGAGGGGGAGCCCUGCUACGUCCAGGACGGUGCACAGGCCCCCGGAGACCCCAAGCCCAAGCCUGCGGUCGAACCGCCCACCCACGAGGUGCUGGUGACUGGCACUGGCGGCAUCCAGUGGCGGCCAGUGCAGACAGAGGCGCGGGGUUUCCAGAGUCCCAGCGGUGGUGACGGUGGCCGAGGCAGGACUUCCCAAUCCGGCUCCGCUGGGAGGAAAGCCAAGGCCCAGCCGCUGGGCGGCCAGCCUGUGGACGGGCCGCGGGAGGCGCCGUGGGCCUUCUUCUGUGACUUCCAGGACAUCACCCACGUGGUGCUGAGAGAGUGCCACGUCAGCAUCCACUGUCAGGACAAGCGCCUGGAGCUGACCCUGCCUUCCCCGGCCGCCGCCCUGUCCCUGGUGUCGCUGGUGGAUGGCUAUUUCCGCCUGACGGCUGACUCGAACCACUACCUGUGCCACGAGGUGGCGCCUCCACGGCUGGUGACGAGUAUCCAGGACGGUGUCCACGGACCCCUGCUGGAUCCCUUUGUGCUGGCCAAGAUGCAGCGGGAGGACGGCCUCUAUCUUAUCCACUGGAGCACCAGCCACUUCCACCGCCUCCUCCUCACGGUGGCCCAGCGGGACCAGGCCCCCGGCACGCAGGGUCUGCGCCUGUGGAAGUUCCCCAUCGAGCUGCGUGAGGGCACCUUCAGGCUGCAGAGCUGGGACCGGUCCUUCCCCAGCGUGCGGGAGCUGCGGGCCGCCCUGCAGGGCUGCUCCCUGCGGGCCGGUGACCACUGCUUCGCCCUGCGCCACUGCUGCCUGCCGCAGCCGGGAGAGAUCUCCAACCUCAUCAUCAUGCGCGGACCUCAGGCCAGCACCAGGUCUCUCAACCUCAGCCAGCUCAGCUUCCACCGGGUCUGCCAGGAGGACCUCACCCAGCUGUCCCACUUGGGCCAGGGCACGAGGACCAAUGUGUACGAGGGCCUCUUGAGAGUUGGGGGCGGAGGCCCCGAGGAGGACAAAGCGGAUGCUGGGGACCCCACCUUGCCCGGCGGGGGCCGUGGGCAGGAGCUGCGAGUGGUGCUGAAGGUGUUAGACCCGAGUCACCAUGACAUCGCCCUGGCUUUCUACGAGACGGCCAGCCUCAUGAGCCAGGUGUCCCACGUGCACCUGACCUUCGUCCACGGAGUCUGCGUGCAUGGCUCCAAAAAUAUCAUGGUGACAGAGUACGUGGAGCAUGGACCCCUGGACGUGUGGCUGCGGCGGGAGAGGGGCCGUGUGCCUGUGGCCUGGAAGGUGGCAGUGGCCCAGCAGCUGGCCAGUGCCCUCAGCUACCUGGAGGACAAGCGCCUGGCCCAUGGAAACGUGUGUGGCCGGAACAUCCUGCUGGCACGUCUGGGGCUGGCGGAGGGCACCAGCCCGUUCAUCAAACUGAGCGACCCUGGCAUGGGCCUGGGCGCCCUCUCCAGGGAGGAGCGGGUAGAGCGGAUCCCCUGGAUCGCCCCCGAGUGCCUGUUUGGUGGGGCUAACAGCCUGAGCACCGCCGCUGACAAGUGGGGCUUUGGCGCCACGCUCCUGGAGAUCUGCUUCGAUGGGGAGGCCCCCCUGCAGGACCGCGGCCCCUCCGAGAAAGAGUACUUCUACCAGAAGCAGCACCCGCUGGCCGAGCCCUCGUGCCCGGAGCUAGCCACACUCACCAGCCAGUGCCUGACCUAUGAGCCCGCUCAGCGGCCCUCCUUCCGCACCAUCCUUCGCGACCUCACUCACCUUCAGCCCCAAAAUCUUGUUGAAAUCUUGUCUGUGACUCCAACCUCACCAGCAUCAGACCCCACUGUUUUCCACAAGCGGUACUUGAAAAAGAUCCGGGAUCUGGGUGAGGGUCACUUCGGCAAAGUCAGCCUGUACUGCUACGACCCGACCAACGAGGGCACCGGCGAGAUGGUGGCCGUGAAGGCCCUCAGGGCGGACUGCGGCCCUCAGCUCCACACCGGCUGGAGGCGGGAGAUCGACAUCCUGCGCACCCUCUACCACGAGCACAUCGUCAAGUACAAGGGCUGCUGUGAGGACCGAGGGGAGAAAUCGGUCCAGCUCGUCAUGGAGUACGUGCCUCUGGGCAGCCUCCGAGACUACCUGCCCCGGCACCACGUCGGCCUGGCCCAGCUGCUGCUGUUCGCCCAGCAGAUCUGCGAGGGCAUGGCCUACCUGCACACCCAGCACUACGUCCACCGAGACCUGGCUGCCCGCAACGUGCUGCUGGACAACGACCGGCUGGUCAAGAUCGGGGACUUCGGCCUGGCCAAGGCCGUGCCCGAGGGCUACGAGUACUACCGAGUGCGCGAGGAUGGCGACAGCCCCGUGUUCUGGUACGCCCCUGAGUGCCUGAAGGAGUGCAAGUUCUACUAUGCGUCUGACGUCUGGUCCUUUGGAGUCACCAUGUAUGAGCUGCUGACCUACUGUGACUCCAGCCAAAGCCCGCCCUCGAAAUUCAUCGAGCUCAUCGGCCUCACGCAGGGCCAGAUGACAGUACUGAGGCUCACGGAGCUGCUGGAACGAGGGGAGAGGCUGCCACGGCCAGAGAAAUGUCCCCAUGAGAUCUACGUCCUCAUGAAGAACUGCUGGGAGGCAGAGGCCUCGUUUCGCCCGACCUUCCAGAACCUCAUACCCAUCCUGAAAACCGUCCACGAGAAGUACCAGGGCCAGGCCCCCUCCGUGUUCAGUGUCGGCUAAAACCCGCCCGGAGCUCUGCUUCCGGGAGUCGGAGCAGGCUGACCCUCUAUCCACUGAGCCACACUGGUUUGGGCCAACAUCUGAAUCUUGAAGGGACUUCAACAUUCAAGCCAUAGCAUCCUCCACAGUCAUCGCCUUAACACAGGUUCCGGAGAGACCCAGGACCAGCAAGGAGCUAGUCCGUCCCUUGUAUCCGAUCCUCAUGUCUUCCCCCAGUCCCGCGCUGGGAGCCCACUAUCUCCAGGAGCGAGUAAUAAACUCCUGUUUCUCUGCCGGAGGCUCUGGUCUCUGGGUCCUUCUUCAGCAAGUGCCUGCUCUUCUGGGGACUGUAGCUGCAGCAAGACACUACGAGUGAAGCCACAUGCAACUAUUCAACCUCCGCUCACUCGCCUCUCAAUCCCCGGUGCCAGGAGCACAGAAGGUGCUCAAUGACUGCCUGUUGUCUAUCCCAGCAAAGGGUUUGGGGGCCACAUGCCACGCUGGUAAGACUUCCGGUUUCAGCCUUUCCUCCCUGUGCGACCGCAGGCGAGUGACUUUCCUUCUCUGGCCUCAGCUCUCAACGGUGGACUGGGGAUGGUCUUGCUCGCUGACUCGGAAGAGAAUGUGAAGAGAUUGUGUAUAUCACGUGUUUAGCUGAGAGAGUUGCAAACGACUACUUAAUAAACAUUUGAUCUUGUUAAUGUGGUGUUUGCCAAAGUGUUUCUCCUUCAGGGGUAGUCUUGAGGCGGGUUCUGUGUCAGCCACACUGUGAAAAGCAUUUGAAGGAUUUGCUUUCCCAUAGGGCGUCUCAAGACCUUAUGCCCCCAAGCUCUCCUGAGUGGACAAUUAUACAUGAUUCUAGUGGCAUCUGCUUUUUAUAACAGUUUUCAGAAUUAAAUAUUCAUUGUAAUUAUUUUCUUUUAGAUAGGUGAUACUGACAUAAGCAGGGACAUGUCUCCCUCCUGCCCAUCAGCCACCACUGGCACCUCUCUGCAGGCAACUGGUACCAUCUGGUUUCCUGUGUUUGCUUCCAGAGAUGUUUCAUCCAGAUGCAAGGAAAUCCGUACACACAUUAUACUUUCCUGUCUUUUGCAAGAGUGGUAGCAUGUGCAAGAAUACACAACUCCAGUCUGUAUUCUUGCUUUUAUUUUCCCCUUUGUAAUAGGUCUUGGGGGUGGUCCCAGCUAUGCAGGCCUACAGUAUUUCCUUGCGCUAUUUGUAGUUGUAAUGUAGUUUUUGCUGGGGUUCAUGUAGUUACCCCUAAGCCUUUGCUCUUCAUGCAGUUAUCUUGAAUCCUUUGCUAUGUCUGUGUUGCUGCUGCAGUGAGCAGCCAUGGGUGCAUAUCACUCCACCCACAUUCAAGGGUAUCCUAGGGCGAAUUUCCAACAAAUAAUUGCUUGCAGGAUCUAGCCUGGUAAUUGGGAAAGACGUUGCCACUAGAAUAUGUUUUGAUAUUUGAUAGGAUCAAUCUCCUUUUUCUUCUUCAGAAUUGUCUUGGCUUAUGUUUGUGCAGCU